CCCUGGCCGAGGAGGAGCUGGCAGGCCAGGCAGACGUGGCCUGUUUGGCACACCGGGAGACCUGCCUGGUGUCCUCGGGGAAGGGAAGGAGGAGUCCAGAGAAGCGAGGAACCUGUUGCUGUCUGUCUCAGCCGCGAAAAUGCAUCUCACAUGGCUCUGGGCCCUUCUGCUCUGCUGUCGAUCAGCCUUCUCCGCAGACCUCUUGCGCUGGUGCACCACCUCCGAGCAGGAGCUAGCCAAGUGCAGUGACAUGAGCAAAGCCUUCUCCAGGGCUAACCUUCUUCCCGAUGUGGCUUGCGUUGUCGGUGGCUCAGCCUUCGGUUGCAUCUCCAUGAUCAACGUAAGUCUGUGUUGCUUGUGUGUGUCUGGAUCUUGGGUUCAGGGGAGCAGGAUGGGGGGUAGGUCCUUCUCUCCCCAAGUGCACAGCCCUUCCUCCUUUGACCUUCCGGGCGGGUGCAGAGGGGGCAACCGAAAGGCCAGGCACUGUUUUUCUCCUGUCCUGCUUGUGUGUGUGUGUGUGUGUGUGGCGCGCAAGUCCCAGCGUAUGCCCUCUUGCUUGAAGACGACCUUGUGGCAGCCGAGGAUCCUCCCCUCCCACCCACCGAGGGCAGCCGGGCCUCACACCCCGGAGUUCCUGCCUUGCCACCUCCAUCCUUUCACCUUCUCUCCUGGCACAGAUGUCGGCACCUCCUAUUACGCGGUGGCGGUGGUGAAGGCAAGCUCCAACCUGACCAUCAACAGCCUGAGGGGGGCCAAGAGCUGCCACACCGCCUUGAAUAGAACCGCAGGCUGGAACGUCCCCAUCGGGUUCCUGCUGGACAGUGGCCGGAUGCCGGUGGUCGACUGCCACGUGGCCCAGGCGGCUGGGGAAUUCUUCAAGUCCAGCUGUGUCCCCGGGGCCAAUGGGGAUGGCUACCCUCCCUCCCUUUGCGAGCUCUGCAAAGGGAACGCCACUGGGCAGGGCAGAUGUGAGCCGAACCCCCAGGAGGAAUAUUACGACUACCUUGGCGCCUUCAGGUGCCUCGUGGAGGGAGCAGGAGAAGUGGCUUUCAUCAAGCACAGCACAGUGGCGGAAGCGAUUUCAGGUCCGGCCGCCUCCUCCUGGGCCGAGGGCUUUCAGCAGCAGGACUUCCAGCUCCUCUGUCGUGAUGGCAGCAGGGCAGCGGCCACAGCCUGGCGGACCUGCCACCUGGCGCGGGUUCCUGCGCAUGCGGUGGUGGCCAGAGCCGACACGGAUGGGGCCCUCCUCUUUCAGCUGCUUGACCAGGGACAGCAAAGGUUUGAUGGCGAAGACUCCCCUUUCCAGAUGUUUGACUCCACAGCCUACGGUGGGAAGAACCUGCUCUUCAAAGAUGCUACCACAGAACUGGUCCCCAUUAUGGAACAGGCCUACCAGGCCUGGUUAGGGGAUGAGUAUCUCCAUGCCAUGCGGGGCUUGGACUGCGACCCUGCAAGGUUGCCGGAAUUCCUGCGCUGGUGUGUCUUGUCUACAGAGGAAAAUCAUAAAUGCAGCGAAAUGGCCGUAGCCUUUAAGGGGAAAAAGCUGAUGCCAGAAAUCCAGUGUGUUUCGGCUGAGAGCCAGGAGCAGUGCAUGGAACAGAUACAGAAAAAACACAUGGAUGCUGUGACUCUGGCUGGAGAGGAGAUUUACACGGCGGGGAAGGCCUAUGGCUUAGUGCCUGCUGCUGGAGAGCGCUAUGCAGACGGGGACACCACAAACACCUACUAUGCGGUGGCCGUCGUCCGGCGCUCCGCCUCGGAUGCCUUCACCAUCUACGACCUCCGCGGGAAGCGCUCCUGCCACACGGGCUACGGGCGGAGGGCUGGGUGGACGCUCCCUGUGGGCCUCCUCAUAAGAAAAGGACUCAUUCAGCCACGGGGGUGCAGCGUCCUGAAAGCUGUGAGCGCCUUCUUCUCAGCCAGCUGCGUUCCCACCAACCAGACCCAGAACUACCCAGCCAACCUUUGCGAGUUGUGUGCUGGAGACCAGCACGGAGAGCACAGGUGUCAGGCCAGCAGCCUGGAACGCUAUUUUGGCUACACCGGAGCAUUCAGGUGUUUAGCUGAAAACCGUGGCGAUGUCGCCUUUGUCAAGCACACCUCCGUCUUUGAGAACACUGAUGGUAGGAAUGAAGAGUCCUGGGCCGCUCAGCUGCAGUCUGCAGAUUUCCAGCUCUUGUGUCCAAAUGGGGCUCGUGCUGAAGUUGGCCAGUUUGCCCAGUGUCACUGGGGCCAGGUGCCUCCUCGGGCCAUUAUGGUCCACCCAGACACCAAUACGAUGGCUGUGCAUGGACUUUUGGAUAAAGCUCAGGAUUAUUUUGGUGAUGACAGCAACAGUGAAUUUAGCAUGUUCAAUUCCACAAAAUACCAUGGGAAAGAUUUGAUCUUCAAAGAUGCCACCACUGGCAUUGUGGCUGCUGGGGAGAGAAGAACAUCGGCCGCCUGGCUGGGGCCAGAGUUCCUGGAGGCGAUGGAAGGCUUCAGCUCUGCCCAGUGCUCGGGAACCGGUGAGUGCCUGACCAGCUGCAGAAUCCCCCGCCCCUGGCCAACCAUCUCCAAAGGGGAGGAAGUGGUUGGCAUUUCUAUGAAGAACGCCAAGGAAGGAAGGACCGGGUGCUUCUCUUUUCUGCCCCGCCUGAGGUUCCCCUCUCCCUCUCUUCCUCUUUCUCUGAGAAAGAGAGGCAGACUUUCCGUUUCACUGCUGCACUGAGGCAUCGGUCCUCUUGCAAGGCUCAGGCCAGCCUGUAUGUUCCAGCACAAGGAGAGAGGCAGAUUCAGGGAUGGGCAUCACACUAGUGGGAGCAGGAGAGAGAGCAGCCAUCUUCUGUGCUCCUCUCUAGUUAGGAUCACAGAAUCAAAGAACAAUGGACUUGGAAGGGGG